AGUGCGCAGUCCGAUGAUGAAAAUUGGUAUGCCCUUGUGAAGUUUCAAACACAGUAUUAUUAGUACUAAUCCCUCCAUGGCAGAAAAGCUGGCUUUCCCUCUUUUGCUGCCAAAUCCAAAACCCCUUUUUCCCAAUCACCAUUCAACCACCACUCCCAUAACGCCUCUUCUUCAAGACUUCUUUUUGAACCAAAACCACACUUCUUCUCCCCCCGACGCCGUCUCCAACCGCCGCAACCGCUGGUCAAGUCACCGCCUUUCCUCUCGAGGUCAGACAAUUCUCCAAACCUUAAUCGACCCUUCUUUUGAUUCCAAUCGCUUCCAUGAUAUUUUCCCACAGCUAUUUGAACAAGCCAGUUCUUCUACCCGGGACUCCUUGUCUUGGGAUAUUUUGGGCAUAAUCAAGGGUUUAGGGUUUUACAACAAAUGUGAACUUGCAUUGACUGUGUUUGAUUGGGUUCGAGGUAGGGAGGAUCGCGUUUCGCUUUUGAAUAGUUCUGUAAUCGCUGUGAUUAUUAGCAUUCUUGGUAAGGCGGGUAGGGUUUCAUCUGCGGCAUCUUUGCUGCACAAUCUAGAAAUAGAUGGGGUUGAGGUAGAUGUGUAUGGCUAUACUUCUUUGAUAACUGCUUAUGCCAAUAAUAAGAGGUAUAGGGAGGCCUUGAAGGUAUUUAACAAGAUGCAAGAAGUGGGGUGUAAACCUACUUUAAUUACUUAUAAUGCCAUUUUGAAUGUUUAUGGGAAAAUGGGCAUUCCUUGGACCAAGAUUAUUGCUCUUGUUCAGGAAAUGAAAAUCCAUGGGCUUGCCCCAGAUUUGUGCACUUAUAAUACACUUAUAAGUUGUUGUAGGAGGGGAUCUUUGUAUGAAGAAGCUCUUGACCUUUUUGAGGAAAUCAAGUUAGCUGGAUUUGUACCUGACAUGGUUACGUAUAAUGCAUUGUUGGAUGUUUAUGGUAAGUCCAGACGGCCUAAGGAAGCCAUGGAGGUUCUGAAACAGAUGGAAAGUAAUAGUUUUCCUCCAGGCAUUGUUACCUACAACUCGUUGAUAUCGGCUUAUGUUAGAGGUGGUCUCUUGGAGGAAGCAUUGGAGCUUAAAACCCUGAUGGUGGAAAAAGGGAUUAAACCUGAUGUUUACACCUACACCACCCUUUUGUCAGGAUUUGUAAAUGCUAGAAAAGAUGAGUUUGCAAUGAAAUUUUUUGAGGAAAUGAGAACAGCAGGCUGCAAACCUAAUAUCUGCACCUUUAAUACCCUUAUUAAGAUGUACGGUGACCGAGGAAAGUUUGCGGAAAUGGAAAAAGUUCUUAAGGAGAUCAAGGUAUGCAAGUGUUCCCCUGAUGUUGUUACUUGGAAUACGCUUUUGGCUGUAUUUGGACAAAAUGGAUUGGACUCUGAAGUAUCAGGGGUAUUUAAGGAAAUGGAGAGAGCCGGGUGUGUGCCUGAGAGGGACACCUUCAACACUCUAAUAAGCGCAUACAGCAGGUGCGGUUCCUUUGACCAAGCUAUGGCUGUUUAUAAGAGAAUGCUGGAAGCUGGAGUCACUCCAGAUCUUUCUACUUAUAAUGCUGUUUUAGCGGCAUUGGCUCGAGGAGGGCUUUGGGAACAAUCUGAGAAAGUCCUUACUGAAAUGAAGGAUGGUCAAUGUAAACCUAAUGAGAUAACAUACUCCUCUUUGCUUCAUGCUUAUGCCAAUGGUAAGGAGAUUGAAAGGAUGAAUGCUCUUGCAGAGGAGAUAUACUCUGGCACAAUUAAAACACAUGCUGUUCUUUUGAAGACCCUUGUUCUAGUAAAUAGCAAAGUUAAUCUCCUAGCAGAAACAGAACGCGCCUUUUUGGAGUUUAAGAAGAGAGGAAUCUCGCCUGACAUAACUAUUUUGAAUGCAAUGCUUUCAAUUUAUGGGAGGAAGAAGAUGGAAGCCAAAACCAAAGAGAUUCUGAACUUUAUGUAUGAGAGUGGAUAUACUCUGAGUUUGACUACUUAUAAUAGCUUGAUGUAUAUGUACAGCCGAUCUGAAGACUUCCAAAAAUCAGAAAAAAUCUUGAGGGAAAUUCUGGAGAAAGGUAUCAAGCCUGAUAUAAUCUCAUACAAUAUAGUUAUUUAUGCAUAUUGCAGAAAUGGCAUGAUGACAGAGGCUGAAAGGAUAUUUGAAGAAAUGAAAUCUCCUGCACCUGUUCCUGAUGUUGUAACUUACAAUACAUUUGUAGCAACUUAUGCUGCUGACUCCAAGUUCAUGGAGGCUAUGGAUGUAGUUCGGAACAUGAUCAAGAAGGAAUGUAUGCCAAACCAGAAUACUUACAACUCCAUAAUUGAUUGGUACUGUAAGCUCAAUCUGCGAGAUGAGGCACACAAUUUUGUUCAAAACCUUGGCAACCUUGAUCCGCAUAUAUCUGACGAGGAAAAAAGCAGGUUAUUACAGCGCAUGGCAAAGAAAUGGUCGUAAGUUGAUCCAUAAUUUCCUCUUUCCCUGCCAAUGUUGUGUAACAUUUGGGUAAGGAGGUUGACAUAAACCCAGUGAAGUUGUAACUGGAUUUUUUAUCUGAAGAAAGAUACCAGUAUAUGCAUUGCGGGUUUGAUAUUAUUACAGGAAGGUGGGAAAUUAUAAUUAGGAAGAGGGGAGAGGUCGAUUUUGAAGGUUAAUAAUACAAUUAUAGCGAUGAAAUGAAGGGGGAAAAACUUGUGCAGAGUGAAGGCUUUUAAUGCAAAAGCCUUUCUAAUAACUUCUUGUAGGAUUUUGUAUUGUUUGUGUGCAACAAAAUUUUUGCAUGCUCUUCUUUUCUGGAUCACCGUUAAUUAAUGAUUA